GUUGCUUUUCCUGUGAAUAUUAAAAUAUACAAAACAGGAGUUGGUGUGUAGAAUAGGACACUCUCCAGACAUUUAAGUUCCGUGCUCGUUCCUCAGGUCAUGAUUGUGUUCCGAAUCCUGUUGUUUUUUCCCUGUGAGUAUUAAUAUAUAGAAAACAGGAGUUGGUGCGCAGAAAAGGACACUUCUCCAGACGCUUUGGUGUAGUGCUCGUUCCUCAGGUCAUGAUUGUGUUCCGAAUCCUGUGCCACCUCCUGUUGCUUUUCCUGUGAAUAUUAAAAUAUACAAAACAGGAGUUGGUGUGUAGAAUAGGACACUCUCCAGACAUUUAAGUUCCGUGCUCGUUCCUCAGGUCAUGAUUGUGUUCCGAAUCCUGUUGUUUUUUCCCUGUGAGUAUUAAUAUAUAGAAAACAGGAGUUGGUGCGCAGAAAAGGACACUUCUUCAGACGCUUUGGUGUAGUGUUCGUUCCUCAAGUCAUGAUUGUGUUCCGAAUCCUGUGCCGCCUCCAGUGCCACUUUUCCUGUGAAUAUUGAAAUAUAGAAAUCGGAGUUAGAGUGUGCAGAAAAGGGUACUCUUCAAACACUUUAGUUUAGUGCUCGUUCCUCAGGUCAUGAUUGUGUUCCGAAUCCUGUUAUUUUCCCUGUGAAUAUUAAAACAUACAAAACAGGAGUUAGUGCUUAGAAAAGGACACUUCUCCACACACUUUGGUGCAGUGCUCGUUCCUCAGGUCAUGAAUGUGUUCCGAAUCCUGUGCCGCCUCCUGUUGCUUGUCCUCUGCUUCUGUUCUCUGUGCCUGGGCUCUAGCGAUGUGGUGUGCCUCGGCAAGGGCAAGGGUGCCACAGAGUCGGACAAGGGGCUGCCCACGUGGGCGGCGGUGACCUCCGUCCAGUCCCGCGCCCUCCGGUCGCAGGUGGUUUUCGUGGGGACACUGCGCAGCGUCCUGGUGCAGAGGGAUGGCACAGUGCGCGCCUGGUUCACGGUGGACCUCCGCCUGAAGCCGGAGAAUGCCACCUGGAUGGAGUCCUCGAGGCGCCUGGAGGACACGGAGGUGGUCUACCACACCAGGGCCGGAGGUCACUGCCUGGACCAGGACAGCUUGAGACUGGGGCGCCAGUACCUGGUGUUCGGGGGUCCUUCGCGGAGGAUCGCUUGGCCGUCCCUGACGGCCGCUGCUCUACCCAUUCCGAAAGACAAACGAACUUUGCGAGCGGUCAAGAAGAUUCUUUGUCCCGGUUGCGCGAGGCCUGCCCGCGUAGCCGGCCUCAAGAAAGUGAUAGCAGAGGAGGGGGCCCGUGCCCGACUCAGCUGCCACCUGGCGGGCAAUCCCAUUCCAUGGGUGGAGUGGUACAAGGACGGCAAGAGGAUCACCAGUAGAGGACGCACGCGAGUCAAGACCAAAAGGAGGAUUUCGCGGCUGGUGAUCCGGCGCGUCCACCCUUCGGACCGGGGCGGUUACGAGUGCCGGGCCGGGAAUGCCGUCCAAGAAGCCACCGCCUCCACCCGAGUCACGCUCCUGGUAACGAGGAAGAAGAAGCCCCUCCCCACCGCCUCGUCGACGCAAUCCAGUCCUUGGACAACGGAGCCCUGUUCUACCUCAGAGUUUUGCCUGAAUGGCGGAACCUGCAUCUUGUACAAGGAUGUUAUGGAAUACGUCUGCCAUUGUGCUGAAGGGUACGUUGGCUUACGUUGCGAGUCGAAAUACGUCACGAUAGCAGAAAUCAAAAAUUCACGUCUCAGCCAGAAUCGUCUCUUCAUCAGCAUUGUGAUUCUCUUUGUGAUUUUCUUUUGUUUAAAUUGGAUGACCUUUGCAGUCUGCUGGUUAUGUUGGGGACAGAACUGUAAGUGGGGAAAAUUCCGAGAGAUGGCAGCACGACGAGCAUUUUCUCCGAAGUCGAACAGCGUGCAGAAUAAAAUGUCUACUGACGUAAGAUUCCUUGAAGCAAACAGUGGAUCAAAACACUGCAGACCAAAAAACUGCGAAGUGGAGAAAGAACGUGGAGAAUGCUGGCAAAAUCAAACUGGACUUCAAAAGAAAACAGAGUGAAGGCAGAAAUCAUAAACCUUGAAAGAAUCCAAAUAGUACUCAUAAUACCAAAACACGUUGAAACUACUGCAUAUUUAUUUACAAAGAACAUAUUGACAUAACUGAUGCUUGAUGAAAAUCAAAAUUUUGUCUUUGUGGAUUUUUAAUAAAAAUUUCUUAAGCAAAUUCAUUGAAAAAAUUAUGAAGUAAUGUAUUUUAGUAAUAUAAAAGGAACAUCAAACAGGACUGUCAAAACUGAGGGGAAAUGUUGAGGGGGGUGGAGGUGCUGGUUUGAGAUAAAGAAAAAUAUAUUUGAACUUUUAUAGUAUUUACAGCUCAGUCAUACACGAUCCACAUAUUUGCCUCUGCCUCAGUUCUGCUAUAGACAUGAUCCUAUUCUACAGCAUAUUGCUUUCGCUGUUAGUGUUUAAAUACAUGUUCUAUAAAAUGUGCCUUCACUUUUUCUGCAAUCUUAUAU